UGCCAGCCAUUCUGAACAAAGCCAUUCCAUCAGCUACACGGACUGUUGAUGAAGGUCUUAAUACUUGCCAUACGCUAGCCCACCAGUACACAGCUCUGUUGGAAUCCAUGCAGGAAGACCAACACAGAUACAGGCAGCUUAGUUCUUUUAAAUUAAAAGAAGCACUGUUCAAUGUGAGACAAUAUGAGGCCUUCCUUUGUAUCCUUCUGUCUGACGCAAUUACAAGUGCUCAAGAAGUUGAAAAGAUGAGUGUGCAGUUUGCAGCAACAAUGGAGCAGCUGAAAAACACGGUGCAGAAUAAGGUUUCCGUAGAUACCAAAGAAGUUUUUCCUCUAUUUGUUGCACUUUCUAACCUCUGGACCGGCUUUCAGGAUGAGAUACUACUGCUAAGCUUCCUCACAAACAUAACUAACAGUCUGCAACAGUUCUCGGAAAUCCAAUCACAGCUUUUUCCUGAGGAAGUGCUAACAACUCUUCUGGAAGGAGUGACUGUGAAAAGUGAUGAGGAAAGGAUAAGAGAAACCAUGGGAACCAGAGUGAAUGUUUCUGAUUUCAAGAACCAAGAAUGGCUUUUUCCAGAAACUACUGGAAAUUUUGAUGAGUUGCUAAUCCAGUACCAUGGUUUCUGUGCACAUGCAAUUGGUGUGAAAGGCCUCACCCUCCCAGGAAAUCCUGCUAUUGGAAUUUUGAAGCACAAGGAGAAAUAUUAUGUUUUCAGUUCCAAAGAAGCUGCGUACAUCUUUGCUCAAGAUCCAGAUAAGUUCAUUCAACUGAAUGUAGAAAGAGCAAAAGAACAUGCAGAGCUAAUUCAACUGCUCGAACUUUGUCAUCAGUUUGAAUACCUUGAUCUGUAUGCACAGGAUGGAAAUGCAGACAAAUGUUUGAUGAAACCAACCACAAAAUGUGACAGUAGUACUCAAACUGAUACCCAUAUCUUGCCUCCAACUAUUGUGACAUCUUAUGAAUGGAAUGAAUGGGAACUGAGAAGAAAAGCUAUAAAAUUGGCCAAUUUGCGCCGCAAAUUAACUCGUGCCAUGCAGACUGAUCUCAGCCAUAUGAGAAGAGAGAACUCCACCCAAGUGUACUUGCCAAAAGAUGUUAGCACCCAGACUAAGCGUGACAACUCAAGCAAUGUACCCAGACCACAGAUUUUCUUGGAAGGUCUCCGAGGAGGAUCAUCUCUUACUACUCACAUGGUCAAAAUAGACUUAACAAGAGCAGCAGACGAAACCUAA